AACCUUAAAACCCUCGAACAACCGAAUCCAACUGCAAAAACCCUUCAUCCUAAAAUCCUAAAUCCUCGUUCUGCAUCAUUUUUGUUGCCAUCUUUCACUAAUGUCGGUCGCAACUGCAAGUAAUGGCAGCAGAAUCGCGACUUACGAGGACUUCGUGAAAGUCCACGGUCUGCUCCUAGCAGCAUCGGGGCUGCCCCGAUCACUCCAUUUCAAACUGUUCCAGAAGCUAACAUCUGAAACGUUUGACGGUGGAGCUCACUUCGAGAUCGAACCUUGCGAGGAUGGUCGUCAGAGACGGUUAUUAUUAACUUCCGAAACCAUGGCGAAAGACUCCAAUGUUUUCCUCAUCGACCACGCCUGGACAUUUCGAGCCUCAGACGCCUAUAAACAGUUGCAGGAGGUCCCGGGGCUUGCGCAGAGGAUGGCUGCUCUAAUGUGCGUGGAAGGCGAUGACGAUGACGGCGGUUUAGAACAAGCGGUUGAAUGUGGCGGGAAAAUGACGGUGGAGGAAGCUUUGGAGAGCGAAAUUCGAAAUGCGAAAGAGAGUGGAGAUGGAUUUGUGAGAUGGUUGGAGCUAGAGGAGCUUGGACUUGACGACACCACCCUCCUUUCUCUCGAUUUAUCCACUAAAUUUCCGGAUUUGUUGGCUCUCAGCUUGUGCGGGAACAAGCUCGAUAACCGGGAGAAAAUUGUCGAGGAAGUCACUAAGUUUAAGAAUUUAAAGGGUCUUUGGCUGAACAAUAACCCAGUUAUUGCAAAAAGUGAUUGUGGUAUGGAAGAUGCAAUUCUUCGAGGAUGUCUGAAACUUGAAAUCUAUAACUCUCGUUUUACCCGCAAUUUUGGAGUGUGGGCAUUGGGGUUUUGUGCUGAUGUUUAUGGGAAGGAUAAUCCUGGAAGUGGUCAUCUGGGAGACCUUCCUUUGCAAAGUGUGACCUCACUUGAUCUUUCGAAUAGAGGCAUCCAUAGUCUGAUCAAUAAGGCUUUUUCUCCUUUUGAGAUGCCAAAUCUUUCGUAUUUGAACAUUCGUGGCAAUCCGAUUGAAGAAAAUUCAGUCAGUGAUUUGUUUGGACUCUUGAAGGCCUUUUAUUGCCUACAAUCUUUAGAGGUGGAUAUACCUGGCCCACUUGGAGAUAGUGCUGUGGAAAUCCUUGAAUCUCUUCCCACUCUUUCCUUGCUGAACGGUGUUGGAUCCAAAAUCUUAGAAGCUGAAAAGCAUGUUGUUGAUUCAAUGCUUCAGCCUCGUCUGCCUGAAUGGACUGCCGGAGAACCUCUUGUUGAUCGUGUUCUUAAUGCAAUGUGGUUAUAUUUAAUGACUUAUAGACUUGCAGAUGAGGAAAAGCUCGAUGAAACUCCUGUGUGGUAUGUUAUGGAUGAACUCGGUUCAGCUUUGCGGCAUAGUGAUGAACCAAAUUUCAGAGUGGCUCCCUUUCUCUUCAUGCCAGAGGGGAACCUGGCAUCAGCAGUGAGUUUCUCAAUAUUAUGGCCAUUCCAGAAUGUUAAGAAAGGUGAUGAGUGCACUCGUGAUUAUCUCUUUGGUAUUGGUGAGGACAAGCAGCGUUCUGCCAGACUCACAGCUUGGUUUCACACGCCUCAGCUUUAUUUUAUCCAGGAAUAUGAGAAGCAUUUCAAUAACUUGCAAUCAAAAAGUUUACCUUCUCUACCAGUAAAUUCUUCUGCCCCUAGUGUUGUGCGUCGCAUUGAUGGGAGUGCAUUACGUGUUUACACCGACAUACCGCAGGUUGAAGAAUUUUUGACACGGCCAGAAUUUGUCAUCACAAAUGAGCCAAAGGAUGCAGAUAUUAUAUGGACAAGUAUGCAGAUAGAUGAAGAGAUGAAAAAGGCUGUGGGAAUAACAGACCAACAAUACGUAAAUCAAUUUCCUUUUGAGGCUUGUGUCGUGAUGAAACAUCAUUUGGCAGAUACUAUACAAAAGGCGCAGGGAUCUCCCGGAUGGAUGCAACCUACUUAUAAUCUUGAAACACAUCUAUCUCAACUCAUUGGUGAUUUUCUGCGCGAGAGAGAUGGGCGCAACAAUCUAUGGAUCUUAAAACCUUGGAACAUGGCACGAACAAUUGAUACAACUGUAACUGAUAAUUUAUCUGCUAUUAUUCGUCUCAUGGAAACUGGUCCGAAAAUAUGCCAAAAGUACAUUGAGCAUCCUGCUCUGUUUCUAGGAAAAAAGUUUGAUCUACGUUAUAUCGUACUCGUUCGCAGUAUAAACCCUUUGGAGAUCUUCCUUUCAGAUAUCUUCUGGGUCCGACUGGCAAACAACCUGUAUACCCUUGAGAAGCAUAGUCUUUUCGAGUACGAGACACACUUCACUGUUAUGAACUAUGGUCGGAGGUUGAAUCACAUGAACACACCAGAAUUUGUUAUGGAGUUUGAGAAGGAGCAUCGAGUUAAAUGGCUCGACAUCCACCAGAGAGUAAAAAGCAUGAUCAGAUCCGUCUUCGAGUCAGCAGCAUCAGUACAUCCAGAGAUGCAUGAUCCGAAGUCUAGGGCCAUGUAUGGUGUGGAUGUAAUGCUUGAUGCCUCUUUCCAACCUAAGUUAUUGGAGGUUACGUACUGUCCCGACUGUGGGAGAGCAUGCAAGUACGACACCGAAGCGAUAAUCGGAGGGGGUGAAACAGUUCGAGGUCGUGACUUCUUCAAUCUUGUGUUUGGUUGUCUCUUCUUGAAUGAAACUGUUCAUGUAAGCCAAUUGUAAUUUGACUAUAUUGAAACGGGGUGAACCGAUUCGAAGUCAGGACGGCUUCUUUGAUUUUGAGUUUGUGGUCUCUUUCUAAACGAAACUAUUUAUUU